UCAAUUUAAACUCACAGGAAAUUGAAACAAACUAUUCUAAUGUUUUAUAUGGGCUAUAUACUAUAAUAAGACUAGCUUUAAAGUUAAACACAUCACCGUUUCAGUGAAACGUUGCAAUAAUAAUGCAGGAUCAGGAUUUAAAUAGUUUGCAAUUACAUCAGAUUUACAAGGCAUUUGAUGCUGCUCAAGAAACAUUUGAUGCUCCCGGGAAGAUUUUAGUUUUGGUGACGAAAGAGUUUUACAGAAAAGCCAUUGAUUUUACAAGAGAGAACUUCCUUACGAAAGAACCAAUAAACCGAUCUUUAAACGUACAGUAUACGUCCGAAUAUGAAGAUCAUUGGAUAGCAACAAUGAAACAUAAUUUAUCGCUAAUGAUUAUUCACAAAGAAACUGAAGACGUUGUUGCAAUCAUUAGGAUAAAGGUCCAAUGUAAAGACGACAAAUCAGCUUUAACUGGCAUACAAGCAAAACCUACACAACAGAAGCACUUAUUCACUUCGUACUGUUCAAGUAAAGCGGAUUUCUUCGGUUAUUAUGGAACGACACAAGCACUUCAUUUUGUUGGGCUUACGGUUUCACAAAAAUAUCAAAAGCAAGGAAUGGCAUCUAAAAUUGUUAAUUCUGCAUUGUGUAUGAUCCGAAACCUUGGAAUCAAGCCAAUAUAUGUUAAAACCGAGUCUGCGUCAAUUUAUGCACAGAAAAUAUUUGAAAAGGCAGGAUUUGAGAUUUUAUUUGAACAGCCAUUUGAUAAAUGGACUGUCGAUGGAAAACAAUUAAUUAAUAAUACAGGUGUGCAUGAAUCAAGAAAAAACUAUGGCUUGAAAGUCUAGGCUUUAGGAAAGUAUAUACGGGUAUAUGAACAGAAAUAUUGAUAAUGUUUAUAUAUGCAUAAAUCAUUUUACUUUUAUAUCAUUUAGAGCAUAAUGUUGUUAUGUAAUCAAUACGUAUGUUCAAUGUAUAAACUUAAAGAUGC